CGCGGAGCUCUCCUCCGUCGGCGAGCUCUUCGCCGCCCUCGGCGGUCAGGACCGCGCGGACCUGGAGGAUCGCGGGGGGGCCAGCUCGCGUCUGCAGUGCCCCGCCCUCGGCGCACCCACAGGGAAGGACCACUCCGGGCUCAGCCUCCAGGACGCCUCGAGGCUCAUCGGGGAGCAGAACUGUGCCCAGCGCGCGCACGCGUACAUGUGCAGCUUCCCGCCAAAGGGCCUGUCCGUGGGAGCGUCGCAGGACGUCACGGAGCGGGCGGUCGUGAACGUCGACGUGCAGUUGUUCGGCGAGCGGAUCCACGGCGAGGGCGCCUGGCUCUUCAGCGCACUCGUUCCACAGGAGGAGGACGUCUUGUGGGUCGUCGAGUACUACGCCGACUGGUGCCCACACUGCAAGGCGUUCGCACCGACGUGGCUUGCGCUGGCAGCCGCCCUUGCCGCGGACAACAAAAAGACGAGGUUUGCCAGCGUCAACUGCGAAGUGCAUGAGCUCCUUUGCUCCACCCGAAGUGUCCGGGGCUACCCUAUGGUGGAGUGGUUCUACUCGGGAUCGGCCCUCAGCCGUGACGAUAUCCUACGGGCGUGGGGAAGCAUGGACGAUGCCUCCGACGAGGAGAUCAUCGUGAAAUUGGAGGAGCAGCGGGGCUUGUCCAGAGAAGCGGCCAAGGCGCUGAUCAAUCAGGCCCGCCAGCAUGGCCAGCUCCCGCCGAGGAAGUCGGACCCUGGCUGGCCCAAGGGCGGCCCCUACUCCGGAGAGGUGGCGCACGGCGCCACGUCACUCAAGGGUUUCCUCAAGGGGUUGCCCGCGGCCUACGGCCUCGACGAUGGCACCAUGGACGCAGCGCUUGCGAUGGCAGAGAAUGCCGCCACUCUGGACCACUGCCCCCCCAGCCGCCCCAUGGCCGACGGCGGCCUCUUCAAGAACAGCGGCUGGCCAGCAGGGGAGCUGGCCGCCACGCCAGAAACUCGCGUGGCAGAGGCGGGCUUCAUGCUGGCGUACACGUUAAAGAACUGGAUCACCCCAGCGGCGUCCCGUGGGAAGUCGCUCGCUGCCUUCGACUACCACGACAUGCGCCACGUCCGGAGUUGGGUGGGGCUCCUUGCCGGGAACUUCCCCGCCGCCCGGGGCCCGCUUGGUGACCUCGCCGCAUUUGUCGGCAAUGCCAGCAGUGCGGGCGCAGUGUGUGUGAGCGAUUGGCACCGCGAGGUCCAGAAGCUGCAGACUCUCUUCGGGGCCGAUGCCCCGGUUGGGCCCCAGUACUGCUCCACGGACACGUGCCGAGUCUGGACCCUCCUCCACAUCUUGUCGAUCUCCCCCGCGACGGGCCUCGAGGGCGCGCUCAGCGCGGAGUCCACCAACGCCGCCAUUGCGGACUUCAUUGCGACUUUCUUCCGGUGCGAGCACUGCCGAAAGCACGCGGUGGAGCAGUACGGCGCCGGAGCCUACGGGCGCGACGAGCUCAUCGCCCGAGGUGGCGACGGGCUGGCGCUCUACUGGUGGCGCUUCCACAACGCGGUGUCCGUGCGCAUCGCGGCAGAGGGCGGCUGCCUCGCGGACCGCCGCUGGCCUCCGCCCGACCUCUGCCCGGAGUGCUGGGCGCAGUCCGACGAGGCAUGGGACGUCCUCGAGGAGGCGCGGGCGAUCUUCGCGGACCGGCCCGGCGGCGCCCUGGAGGCCGGCGCCGGCGCGCUGCCGGACGAGGGCGCCGUGCUGGCGUUCCUGAAGGCGGCCUUCUCCCCGGCGGCGGCGUGACUCCCAGGCCGCCGCCUGCCUUCUUUGGCGGCCUGCGGGUCGGCCCGGCGGCGCGCGCGGGCGCGCCGCCAGGCCGAGGGCGCCGUGCUGGGGCUCGCGAGGGCGGGCCGCUGCCCUCCUGACGGCGGGCGUUUGCUUCGGGCUGCCCCCCGGAUGCCAGUGGCCCC